UCAGGUUAGGGUCUCUUGAACUAUUCAGAGUCAGAAGAUUUGUUGCUGUCUGGGGGUUUCUGCUACUUCUUCUCUAUGGCUGCUGCAGAAACAGAAUCCAAAGCUCCUUUCUCUCUGGAUUCCUACCACGUGUCUGAGGAGCUCGGCUUCAUCCUCCCCGAGCCUCUGACAGAGCUCCCACCUUACUACCAGCCAUGGAUGGAUAUUGCCCUGCGAGUCCCAGAGCUUUUGCUCUCUCACGAGCUGCGCUCACAUAUUCACAAGAUGCCGCUGCUGAGCAGCAGCUCUUUACAGAAACACCGGGAGUUGAGGCUGGCCCACCUGACCCUCAGCGCAAUGACCAUGGGCUACGUUUGGCAGGAGGGAGAGAACGACACAGUUGAGGUUCUUCCAUGUAACCUGGCUGUUCCAUUCUGGGAGGUGUCACAGCGGUUGGGACUUCCCCCAAUUCUCACCCAUGCUGAUGGAGUACUGGCUAACUGGAGGAAGAGGGACCCUGAGGGGCCUUUUGACAUGCAGAACCUGGAGUUGCUGGUCAGCCUCCCAGGUGGAGACAGCGUCCGAGGCUUCUUCAUGGUCACUCUGCUGGUGGAGCUGGCGGCAGCUCCUGCACUGAGGAGCAUCCCCACUGUGAUCAACGGUGUCAGGUGCAGAGACACUGAGGCUGUGGCCAGAGCCCUGGAGGACAUGAGCCAGUCCAUGCAGGAUAUGACUGAUGCAUUCAAAUUGAUGCAAGUGCAUGUGGAGCCUUCAGUCUUCUAUGGCAUCAUGAGGAUCUACUUGUCAGGAUGGAAAGACAACCCCAGUAUGCCAAAGGGCCUGGUCUAUGAGGGGGUCAGGACAGAAGCGAUGGAGUUUUCAGGAGGAAGUGCUGCACAGAGCAGUUUGCUGCACUGUUUUGAUGAACUUCUGGGAGUCAAACAUGAAGAAAAAAGUGGUGCCUUUCUAACCCGCAUGAGGAACUACAUGCCACCUGCUCACAGGCAACUAAUCCAGGACAUCUCUCUGCAACUGCCUCUGAGGAGUUUUGUCCAGCAGCAGGCCAGCGAGCGUCUAAACCAGGCCUUUCAUCUCUGCGUCUCAAAGCUGUUGGCUCUGCGCAGCUACCACAUCAACGUCGUCAGCCGCUUCAUCACUGUGCCCGCUGCCCGAGCCCGACAGCUCCGUAAGCAGAAAUUGGACUUAGAGGGAGAGAUGAUCAGCAGAGCACCCACAGCGCUGGAGGAGAGGGGCACCGGCGGCUCCGGUAUCAUGACCUUCCUAAAAACUGUGAGGGACCAAACUAAAGAAGUCUUCCUGCCCGAGACAAACAAAGACAUGCAUCUGACGUGAGGAGACACAGCAAAGUGAGAUCUGCAUCACUUAAAACAGGCAGCAAAUCCCUUCUGUUUACUGAGUGCACCAUUUCAUGUGUCAUUAAAGGCAGAAUGAGAGUGAAA